GAUCCCACGCUCGAAGCGAUCAAAGAGAAGCGCCUCGCGGAGCUCGGCCAGUCCGGACAGGGCGCGGCGAUGCCCGCGAGCGCGGAGGAGCAGCGCGCGCAGCAGGAGCGAGCGGAGGCGGCCGCGGAGCAGCGCGGCGCCGCGCUCGCGUCGCUCAUGGACCCGAAAGCGCGCGAGCGCCUGUCCAGAAUCGCGAUCGUGAAGCCGGAGAAGGCGCAGGCGCUGGAGAACAUGCUAUUGCAGGCGGCGCAGCGGGGGCAGAUCGGAGGCAAGGUGACCGAGGAUGCGCUGAUUAAGAUGCUCGAGCAAGUCAACGGCGGCGCUCGAGACGGAGGCGACGCGCGCGGGGGGCCGAAGAUCGAGAUGAAGCGACGGAACAUCAUGGACGACGACGAUUGGUAG